CCCCCCCCCAAAAGUGCGGAUUCGAGAUGCCCACAGGAACACAGAGCAGGGCGGGAGGAGGGGGACCCGGAGGGACUGAGGGCCCGAUGAAGAGGAGGCAGGAACCAUUAGAGUCCGGGGGCCUGCGUCUGUGGCAGAGGAGGCGGCGAUGACGGGCUCUUGGGGGCCUGCAUCUGUGGCAGAGGAGGCAGUGACGACGGGCUCUUGGGGGCCUGCGUCUGUGGCAGAGGAGGUGGUGACGAUGGGCUCUUGGGGUCCUGCGUCUGUGGCAGAGGAGGCGGCGAUGACAGCCUCUGGGGGCCUGUGUCUGUGGCAGAGGAGGCGGUGACGACGGGCUCUUGGGGGCCUGUGUCUGUGGCAGAGGAGGCGGCGAUGAUGAGCUCUAGGAGGCCUGCAUCUGGGAAAGAGGAGGAGACGAGGAUGGGCCCUUGGGGGCCCGCGCCUGAUGAGGGCAGGACUGGCGGUGACCGGAGGCAGAGACGCCGGAGGAGACGUCCUUGACUUCUGGACUGCAGGCGGCGGCGUCGGCCUCUGGACUGGAGGCGGCGUCGUCGGCCUCUGGACCGGAGGCAGCAUCGUCGGCCUCUGGGCCAGAGGCGGCGUCGACAACGGGACUGGAGACGGCGGAGACGUUGGACUGGAGCGAGCGUCAACCUCUGGACACGAGAGAGCGUCGACCUCUGGACUGGAAAGCGCGUCGACCUCUGGACUGGAGAGACCGUCGACCUCUGGACUGGCGAGAGCGUCGACCUCUGGAGUGGACGAGGCGUCGACCUCUAGAGUGGAGGAGGCGUCGACCUCUGGAGUGGAUGAGGAGUCAACCUCUGGAGUGGAUGAGGCGUCGACCUCUGGAGUGGAUGAGGCGUCGACUUCAGAACACAAGGAGGUGUCGACUUCAGAACACGAGGAGGCGUCGACUUCAGAACACGAGGAGGCAUCGACUUCAGAACACGAGGAGGCGUUCGACUUCAGAACACAAGGAGGCAUCGACUUCAGAACACGAGGAGGCGUCGACCACAGGACUGGAGGAGGCGUCAACCACAGGACUGGAGGAGGCGUCGACCACAGGACUGGAGGAGGCGUCGACCACAGGACUGGAAGAGGCGUCGGCCACAGGACUGGAAGAGGCAUCGACCACAUGACUAGAAGAGGCGUCGACCACACGACUGGAAGGGGCGUCGACCAAACUUCUGGUCUGGGGGCGUCGAUUCCUGGCCCGGAGGCGUCGACUUCUGGUCCAUUGGCUUCUGAACCGUCGACUUCUGGACUGUCCACUUCUGGUCCGGGGGCGUCGACUUCUUGUCAGAGGGCGUCGACUUCUGGUCCGGGGGCGUCAACUUCUGGUCUGGGGGCGUCGACUUCUGGUCCGUCGGCUUCUGGACCCUCGACUUCUGGUCCAGGGGCGUCGACUUCUGGUCUGGGAGCGUCAACUUCUGGACCGUCGGCUUCUGGAGUGGAGGAGGAGUUGCUGGAGAUGGGACCGCUUGGACAGGCUGGACCGGAUGCGGUGCGACCUCCGAGACCACCGCUGGAACUGGAUGCGAUUGUACUGGUGGUGCUGGAAACUGGGAGAGGAGGGAGGAUAGAGUGUCCAGUUGGAGCUCCUGGAGACUGAGGCUCUGAUGGAGUUGGGCCAGCUCAGGUCGGAGACCGGCGAGCUCUGCUGGGUGGACAGCAGGCUUGCUCCUCUGGCUCUGAGACGAGGGAGCUGCUGGCUGGACUGAAACCCUCUCCUGGUGAUUCGGGGAAGACAGGUUGUCCAGGUGGGACUCCUUGAGACUGACGAGCUGACGGAUCCGGCCAAGCUCCACCUGCAGAUCUGCGAGCUCUGUCACCUGGGCUGUGGGCGUGGUUCCUCCUCCUGCAGAUGACGGAGGUGCGGAUGGGACCGGAGACGGGACUGUUGGUCUGACGGGGGCGGGUCCAAGCAGGUGCGCAGAGCCAGGGCAGCUGCAAGCUCGCGGCUCCGUCCUGGGACACAGGAUUGCGGUGGAGCCCGGCUUCCUUCCCCACGCCGUGGGCCAGCUCCGGGGAAGCACACAGCAAGUCUGGUGCCCAUGAAGCUGGAGCGAUCCGGAAGCGUUUCCCGGUCCAACCUCUCAUCUGGCUCCGGAAGGGUGGAGAGGAACACCGCGGCUGAAGCCCGGUGACCGCGUCUGUGGCGAGGCGAAGGCGAAGCCGGAGGAGGAGAAGAAGAAGCCGGCCGGUGGUCCGAAGAGAGGAACUGAAGCACGCACUCCUAGGGGAGAAUCUCCCUGCUGGAUCCUUUUACGGGUUGGAUCAUUCUGUCACUACCGUGCCGGUGAGCGAAGCGGAGAUGAGGCGAGGAUCCAAACGGGGUGAGGAAGACAGGCAGACAGUGCCCUGUGUCUACACAUCUACUCUCCUGAGCUUCGCCAUCAGUCUUUGCUUCCUGGGAGGACCUCUCUACUCCAUCACCUGAUUCGGCUGCCUGAUGCCUGAGGGUCCGGUUCGCUUGGGUCUGGACGUCCUGUGG